GGUCGUUGCUUCGGACGAGACGACGCAUGGGCUCAUGCUCUCUGCUGCUGCUUAGGACGACAAGCUGUUGGACGCUGUGCGUCAGAAUCAAUUGACUACGGCCGAGCAACUGCUUGGCCAAGGCGCCAACAUCAACUGCACAGACAAAGAUGGACGGACGCCGCUGUACAUUGCGAGUUGGUACGACCACGAGAGCAUCGUUCGCAGUCUUGUGGCGAAGAAAGCUUGUGUCGAUCAUGCAAAGACCGAUGGAGCCACACCAUUGUUCAUCGCAUCUCAGAAUGGCCAUCCCGCCGUCGCCGAGCUUCUGAUCGCAAAGGGAGCCAGCAUCGAUCAAGCAAUGACCAGUGGAUGGACACCUCUGCACAUCGCGUCUGCGAAUGGCCACCUCGCCGUCGCCGAGCUGCUCAUCGCACAAAGGGCAAGCAUCGAACAAGCUGA